UGUAGCUCGGGCUCUGGGCGCCGCCGCUGCCGCCCUCGCUCAGUCUGCCGCCGGCCGGGGCUUUCCGUGCGCUCUGCUCCGGGGAGCCGCUCGCUAUGAACGCAGCCCGGGCCCUGCUCUCCGCCGUGUUCCUCAUCAGCUUCCUGUGGGAUUUACCCGGUUUCCAGCUGGCUUCCAUCGGCUCCUCCACCAAGGGCCCGAGGAGCCACCGAGAGGCGAAGGUGGCCAGGUCCCCCAGAAGCAUCCCCGCCCUGGCUAGCCACCGGCCGGGGGGCAAAGCGCAGCAGCGAGCGGAGCCCCACGAGUACAUGCUGUCUCUGUACAGGACCUACUCCAUAGCGGAGAAACUGGGGAUCAAUGCCAGCUUUUUUCAGUCAUCGAAAUCCGCCAAUACUAUCACUAGUUUUGUAGACAGGGGACAAGACGAUCUCUCGCCCGCCCCGCUCAGGAGACAGAAGUAUUUGUUUGAUGUAUCGACUCUCUCCGACAAAGAGGAGCUAGUGGGAGCGGAGCUGCGGCUCUUUCGCAAAGCCCCCGGCCAUCGCCUCCCCCAGCCCCCGCCGGGCCUGUCCUCCAUGCAGCUCUUCCCCUGCCUCUCCCCCCGGCUCCUGGGCGCCCGGACUCUGGCCCCGCGGGAGGCUCCCCCGGCCGGCUGGGAAGUGUUUGACGUGUGGCAGGGGCUGCAGCAGCAGCAGCCCUGGAAGCAACUGUGCCUGGAGCUGCGGGCCCCGGUGGGCCGGGGGCAGCGGCCGCUGCCGGACCUCAGGAGCCUGGGCUUCGGCCGGAGAGGCCGGGCGCAGCAGGAGAAGGCCCUGCUGGUGGUGUUCACCAGGUCCCCGCGGAAGAACCUGUUCGCCGAGCUGCGGGAGGAGCGGGGCUCGCCGCAGCGCGUGCCGCAGGAGACCCAGCAGCAGUUCAAGACGCGGCGGAAGAGGCGGACCGCCUUCGCCAGCCGCCAUGGCAAGAGGCAUGGCAAGAAGUCCCGGCUCAGGUGCAGCAAAAAGCCUCUGCACGUGAACUUCAAGGAGCUGGGCUGGGACGACUGGAUUAUCGCCCCGCUGGAGUACGAAGCCUACCACUGCGAAGGGGUGUGCGACUUUCCGCUGCGAUCCCACCUGGAGCCCACCAACCACGCCAUCAUCCAGACCCUCAUGAACUCCAUGGACCCCAGCUCCACGCCUCCCAGCUGCUGCGUGCCCACCAAACUGACCCCCAUCAGCAUCCUCUACAUAGAUGCGGGCAACAACGUGGUGUACAAGCAGUACGAGGACAUGGUGGUCGAGUCCUGCGGUUGCAGGUAGCAGGCUGCUUUGCCGGUCUCCCAGGGGCAGAUCGAGGCGGUUUGGAGCUAUAAAUGAACUCAAAAGACAGGAGAGGGCUG